UAAAAACAUUAACGUGUGGCAAAGACACUAGCCGAGGGUUUUAUUUUGUUCAGCAAAUAUAAGCCCGAGAACAUGGCCCAAUUUGAGAAAGAAAUAGUGCAGGCAAUUCUGAUAGCCGACAACAACGUGUGGAACUUCAAGCCGCUCUCGGACGAGGGCUCCACGGCACUGCUCCCGCUGGUCAACGUAAAGAUGCUGGACUAUGCUCUGAUCGCCCUGAAUCGUAGUGGGGUGGAGGAGGUCUUCGUGUAUGCCAGCCUCUACCUGCAAGACAUUCGGGACCACAUCAAGGCCGGCAUUGCCACGUACGCCUCCUGGUCCUUCAAGAUGACCGUCCAUGUGAUCGGCGGGGAGGGGUGUCGCUGCUUCGGCGAUGCCAUGCGCGAUUUGGACGCCAAGGCACUCAUUCGGGGCAACUUCAUACUGCUGGGCGCUGACACGGUUACCAAUGCCGAUCUGCGCCCAGUCCUGGAGCAGCACAAGCGACAGGCCAAGUUCGACAAGGGCACGGCCGCCACUCUGGUCUUCAAGGAGUGCUCCAACAACGUCCGCAUCGGCAACGAGGUCCUGAUCGCCGUGGACAAGCGCAACGACCGCCUGCACUACCACCAGCGCCUAAAGACUCACCAGAAGGAGUCGCGCUACCAGAUCCCCCUGGACGUCUUUCUGGGCAACUCGUGCGUGGCCCUGCACCAUAACCUUCUGGAUCCCCAAAUCGCCAUCGGUUCCCCGUCCAUGCUGUCCCUGUUUAGCGACAACUUUGACUUCCAGACGCGCGACGACUUUGUGCGCGGGCUGCUGAUUAACGAGGAGCUGCUGGACAGCAGGAUAUACGUAGCGCUGCUGCCGGACGCCCAAUACGCCCACCGGGUCAACAGCUGGCCGGCCUAUCAGCUCGUGUCGCGGGACAUCAUCAAUCGCUGGGCGUAUCCCCUGGUGCCCGACAUGGGAGUCUACAAGCUGCAGCAGCAGUACGUCUUCCACAAGGACAACAUCUACAAAAGCCACGAGGCCUUCGUUUCGAAGGUGUCGCUACAGGAGAACGUGGUCAUCCAGGCCGGAAGCCACGUGGAGGCGGGAACCGUGAUCAGCGACAGUGUGAUCGGAGGCAACUGCCGGAUUGGAAAGAACUGCCGCCUGAACAACGUCUUCCUGAUGGCCGAUGUCACGGUCAAGGAGAACUGUCGCCUGGAGCACUGCGUUGUGGGUGCGGGCGCCAUCGUGAACGAAGACUGCGAGGUGAGUGGAGGCUGUGUCCUGGGCGACAAGAGCGAGCUGCCCGCCAAGACGAAGAUAACCGCAUCCCUGAUAACCAGCACUCCCAGCACUCAGAAAGUCGACGAGCUUGAGGGUGACGAGGUGGAACUGGAGUCCCUGGGACCGAAGGCCUUUAUCGUCAACGAUCUGUCGACUGGAGAUCCCGAGGAGUCCGACGGUGAUGACUUCCUGCCGCAGACAAUGCUGACUAUUCCCAAAAUGGGCGACCGACUGGCGGGUCUGGACGAGAUCAGCUACUGCAGCGACCUGAGCGAUGACGAUGAUGAUGCCUCGCGUGCCGUGACGCCCCUGGCCGAUGACACCAAUAUUUUCCUGGGCGAAGUGAUCGAUUCGUUGACCCGCGGCUUCCGGGAGAAGUCGAAUCCGGACUUCCUGAUUCUCGAAAUCAACUCCUCGCGCUAUGCCUACAACAUGUCCCUCAAGGAGGUCAACUUCAACGUGGUGAAGGCCAUCUUCGGCAUGCAGACUAUAGUGGAGCCGGCCAACGAUAAUGUCCUGGUGGCCAUCAACGCCGCCUUCAAGCAGCUGGGCCCCGUGGUGUCCAACUACAUCAAGAGCGAGGACGCCAUGCUGGACUGCCUCAAGGCCCUGGAGGAUGUAUGCGAGGAGAAUCCUCUAGUGCGAGAGAAGAUCUCUCAGGUUGUUCACUACCUCUACGACAAGGACUUUGUCUCGGAGGACGCCAUCCAGGCCUGGUACGGUCAGCUGGACGAGGAGGAGCACGGCCAGCUGCGCCAGAGCCUGGCCAAGCUGGUCGAGUGGCUGGACCAGUCCAGCGAAGAGGAGGACGACGACGACGACGAGGAUGAGGAUGAGGAUUAGGCCAAGCCUGAGGACUUUUGAUACAAAUACUUUUCCGAGGAUAAUUAAUAAAAAAAAGGGAAACUCAAA